AUGCGCUGUGAAAUUAUAUGUCCUUCUUUGCCCAGUAUACCAACUUGUGCCUCAUAUUCUCGAAGAUUACAAACAGUUUUCGCAGCAAAUCCUUUAACAUCAUAUUCAGUCAAUGGGACUGCCACCGAGCAGCUACCAUGUCGAACUCCUGUCGACUGUCUGCGUUUAAGUAGAGAUGAAAGAAAUUUAGCAGUGUCAACAUCAACACAAAUAAAACUUAUUGACUUGAAUACUCAUAGAGAAAUACGUAACCUGCCUUCAAUGAACACACUUCCCAUAAAAACUGUUUGUCCAACACGUAGUUCAAUAUAUUCAUGGGUUUCUGGAUCUUUAGAUUCUUCCUGGACUUUAUGGGAUACUAGAUGUCAUCCAGCUAACGUUUUACAUGGGAGGGUAAAUGGGCCAAUCAAAUGCUUAGACGUGUCUCCAAAUGAUGCUCUAUUAGCUGUUGGAACGGCAUCAUCUUUCCAUCUUUUUGAUAUUCGAAAUCGACAGCCGGCUCGUAUUUUCCCAUGCUCGGCUGUUGGUGUUCAAUUUAAUCCAGUUCAAAUGAUGUUAGCAACAUAUGGAAUGGAUCGCAUUGUUCGGUUUUGGUGCUUAGACCAAAUGGAAUGUGUAUCUCAAUCAGAUGCCCUAUCCAGUAAUAUUAAAGGGAUUGCUUUUAGUGGAGAGCGGGAUGAUCCAGAAAAUGAUUAUUUAUUGGCUGCAACCGAUACUGAGCUUCGGAUGUUAACAUGGGAACCGUGCGACACAUUGUCAUCUACACCACUAAAUAAGCAUUAUUCGGUUUUAGAACUUAAUUUCACAGAGGGAGUAGUAAAUUUGGCGAGCUAUGGCGUUGAUAAAUCGUUAGCGAUGAUAACCUAUUCCAUAGAGGAUAUUUUGUCACCUGGUGAAAAUCAAUUGUCUGAAAAGUUUUUUGAAUUUACAAUUGAAGAGGAAGGAGAAGAAGAGGAAGAGGUAGAAGAAGACUUAUUACUUCCAAGUGAUUCUUCUACGUCUCCAUCACCAUCGUCGUCCUCUGGAUCAUCGUGUAGUAUACAAAACAACAAUAACAUUAAGAAAACGGAUAUGGCUGUAGCAACCAUACCAAGAUCUGCACCUUCGGCUGUUAAUAGUCGUCGUACCAAUCCUUUGAAUGUAUCAACCACAGUUACUCAAAAACUUAAUAGUCAAGCUAGCACACCAACAGGCAGAGUCACAAGAGCUUCAUCGUCUUCAAGAUGCCAAAGAGUUAAUUCCACCGAUGCAUUGAAUGUUCGUCCGCGUAGCCCGACAGAACCUCCGGUAAUCGAUAGGCCGACCCGCCUGUCUUUGCGUGACAGAGCUAAGUCUACUACCACAACUCCAACUGCAGCUCCUUCUAAUCAAAAAGCCUCGAAACUGCCUCCUUUGCCUACUAGAAAACCUUCUCCUGUCACCAGAUCCAACGCGAAGGAAUGUAAAGAUAAUAUCGUUUCGAGGAACACUUCUCUUAUUGACGAUACAACAAUGGUUAAGACGACGGAUUCAGCUGAUUACUCCGGAUCAGAACUUCAUUCACUUCUAAUCAAAGGCCAUCACAGCGUUAUGCGUUUGCUCGAAUCGAGAAAAACAGAGGCCGAACGAUUCUCAAAAAGUAUUCGUUCAGGUUCUUUCGACAAUGGAAUUCUCGAAGGAGAUAUGUUUGUACGUCGGCGAGUAAUUCAGCAAUUAACAGAAAUGAAACGUUGGGAUAUCCGCCUUGUAAGUAAUCACGUAGUCGGCAUUAAAAUGAUGUUAGGAGAUGCCAAAUGUAUAGAGACUGCUUUGGAUGCACUCAGUUUUAUAGUUAAAAACUUAGCAGAUAAAUUUAAAUCUUUCGCAAAUUCAUCAGCAGUUUGUGGAGUUGAUGUAGUUCAGGAGCAACGAAAAGAGAAAGCAGAAUAUAUUAUAAAGGAACUGCGUGAGCUUGUAGAACAUCGUGACUCCUACUACAAGUCUCUCUCAUAUGAUCAUGUGUUGCAAUUGGAUGCCAUUAUGGAAUAUGUGAAAGAACUAUAA